GCACGCCCGAGUUACGUCUGUAUUGUCGGUUAAAUAAAAAUUGUAAAAUUACUUGUGAUUGGUUAAUUAUGUGUUGUGAUCAUACAAAAUAAAUUUCAUUUUUUCCUUACGCAUUCGUUUGUUAUGUACAAGAAAAGAAACUAAAACAAUAAAUUAAACUAAAAUAAAUAAUUAAAUAAUGAACUUUUGAUGUAUUUAAUGAACGGUUGAAUGUUUGUUGGAUUAGAAUAGAAAAAAAAUCAUUUCGAUAGUGUUUCCAUCAGAAAAAUUCACGAAAUUUGGUUUUUAGAGUGGAAAAAGCGAAUUUGAUUACAAUUAAGCAGCAUAAACACGGUAAACCCGGCAGCGGUCAUCAUCACCAUCAACGAUCUCAAUCACUGAACAGAGGCGUUCGCGGCGCCUCGGGUACGUCGGUUGGUAACCAGUGGAGCUCGACGAGAGGAACCACCGGCGAAUUCGGCGAUAUGUGGUGACAGAGGGGAGCGGCGCAGUGCCAGUGCCCGGCAGCUUCGAUGGGCAACAAGCUGAGUUGUUCGUGCGCUCCUAUUCUGAGGAAGGCCUACAGGUACGAGGACUCACCGUGGCAGACCUCCAGGAGACGAGACGGUCAUCUAUUAAGGUUAUGGGCGGAAGUUUUUCACGUAGCAGCUGGUAGCGGGCAAGCUAAAUGGCAACAAGUCAGCGAAGAUCUAGUGCCAGUGAACAUAACUUGUAUCCAAGAUUCACCAGAAUGUGUUUUCCACAUAACAGCUUACAAUUCGCAAGUCGACAAAAUUUUAGAUGUACGAUUAGUACAACCGGGUACACGUAUUGGUCAAGCUUCGGAUUGUUUCGUUUAUUGGAAGGACCCAAUGACCAACGAUACUUGGGGACUUAAUUUCACUUCCCCCAUCGACGCUAAACAAUUCAGAGAAUGUUGUUCGCCUUCAUUCAAGUUCAGCCGCAAGGCUUCAUCUUCCUAUAGUUUGAAAUUGGAGGCGCCCAAUAAACAAAAAUUGAAAACCGUCGGCGGUAAACGUAAACCGCUCAGCACCCCAGCUUCUCCCAGCAGACCGGCAGCGUCCUCCAGAGAACCUCAAUGCACCUGCAUGACUUCCGAGCAGUAUGCGAGACUGAAAGCGCAAGAUCCUAGAUACAGGGGAUCUUCGACGCUUCCUCGUGCUACGACCCGUACGAACGAUUCCGAAGGGCGUAUAGAGAAAGUGACGGCGGCGACAUCUUCUACGAGUCUUUACGACAACGUCGGCGCUAAUCAGACUGCGUCUAAUCAAGGUGAAUAUAAUCAAGGGACGAAAGGGUCGCAAAGGGAAGGUAGUCAAAUUAGACAGAUGAAAGAUAGGGCAGUACAACCGCAGUUAGAUACAAGUACGAUGACUACAACUAAUACGUCGACUGGACCAAAAACUGUGACUGCUUCGGUCGGUACAGAAAAUUCGAUCGGAUCUCAAAUAAGUCAGACUGAAACUCAAUCCCAAACGCAACCGGGCGAAUCUUCGAAAUCUGAAGGGACUCAAGCCGGCGGUUCUCUAGGUCCGAAUACGAAAUCGUCUUCGACGUCGACUCGACCUCCGUUACGGGAUAAUUUCCAUCACGUACUCACAAAUACGAAAUCCGUAGAUUAUUCCGAUAUAGAUAUGAUCAGAGACGCCGAACUUAGAGCAGCUCAUCACCAUAACGUAGUCAAUAAUAAUAUUUCGAGGAAAAACAAAUCGAAAAGUACGGAGGAUAUGAAUAGGGAAAGCGGUUUGAGUUUAGACAGUAACACAUUAAAAAGGAUGCUCAAACCGAUGCCUAGUACGGAAAGUCCGGUUACCUCGCCGGAAAUGGGUAGAAAACGUUAUAAUUAUUAUAAUAAUCAUCAUCAUACGAGGUAUCCAAAUAACAACGGACGUUAUUCUGAAUCGGAAACUAAUCAUCUACAUCAACGAUCCGCCAUGGCUCAGAAUUCCAGAUUACCGGGUUCUAGAUCUUCGUUCAGAUCUUCUCACGAAAUAGGCCGUGGUUAUCCAGGACGUGGUUUAUACUUGGAAUUGGAGCGUGGAGCCGGUGGGGAGUUCUCUCCGCCUUCGGAUAACGUUAUUUUCGACAACCAAUGCUACGCAACAACCCCUAGUUCAAGUAAUGGAAAUUCCGAUCCAGAACAAACUUCGCAUCAUUACGGACGACAUCGACACAUCCAUCAGCAAAAUGCGAACACGACCCCCACGCCAGGAUCUCCAACAAGUAGAUUACUUUUAGAAUACGAAAUGCAUCUUCGAAAUACUUUAGCCAAAGGUAUGGAUGCCGAAAGCUACAGUUUACAUACUUUUGAGGCUCUAUUGACGCAAAGUAUGGAAAAUUUAGAAUUUGCGGAAAGUUUACCGGCAUCUACUCAGAGGAGUCCAUAUCCUUCAAGAAAAAGACCAUCAUCAAGUGCUUCCAUGAAUAAAUCGUCAACGUUACCAUUGUCCCACCGACUCAACACCUCUAGUCGAGAUAGAGUAGAUAGAGAUAGAGACGGUUACUAUAGCGAUCGAAACGAAUUACUGAGGGAGAGAGAGAAGGAGAGGGAAAGGGAACGCGGUUACCUCAGCGAUCAUAAUUCCAGUUUCAGCUCGAAAUGUGCCAGCUGCAUAGGCGAAUCGAGCCGAGCUCAAUGGUUCAGACACUCGGACGGCUGGAGAUCCGGUAGUUCGACGUUCAGUUCAUCCCAGGGCGUACCGCAAGGUCAUAAACGCUCCCCGUGGGAUUCCCUACCUUCGUUGCGACAAGAUAGUAGUAUGAACGAUAGCGGUUACAAAAGCGCUAGAACUGAUAGCUUCGAACAAAGGGGGAUGUUCGAUCGGCAAGACAGUCUUCGUUCUGACUACAUGAGCGAUAGGGAAUCAAGUAGAUACGGAAUAGUCCAGCAGGCUUCUAUAGAAAGCGCCGACUCCAGGUUGUGUUAUUUGACGUCGUCGGAGAUUUCGGACGAUGACCGCAUGUCCUUAACGACAGCCGUCUCCGAUGAAGAUGACGGAGAGAGCGUUAUGAACUCUCCCUACAAAGCAAAACAAACUGGCACAGCUGCUGCUUCUUUCAACUGCACGGGCGCGGUACGAAAAGCGGGAUUCCUAAGCGUGAAAAAAUGGUUGUUGCGGAAAAAACACCAGAUAGAGCUAGCCAGGAAGCGAGGCUGGAAAGGAUAUUGGGUGUGCCUCAAAGGUACCACAUUAUUGUUUUACCCUUGCGAUUCACGAGAAGGACGAUCCGUAGAAGCCGCUCCCAAGCAUCUAAUCAUCGUAGACGGCGCCAUCAUGCAACCGAUACCGGAACACCCCAAACGGGAUUACAUAUUUUGUUUGAGUACCGCCUUCGGUGACGCUUAUCUGUUCCAAGCUCCCUGUCAGGUAGAAUUAGAGAAUUGGGUGAAUAGCAUCCACAGUGCUUGCGCUGCGGCUUUUGCAAGACAUCGAGGUAAAACAGGAACGCUGCAUCUUCUACAAGAAGAAAUAUUUCGACUAGAAAAAUCCAUAGAAACGGAUUAUAAAUUGAAACAUAUGGCGGAGAUGCAACAGACGGUGUUUAACGACGGCGAGACACGUCAACAAAUAGCUAACCAGGUCGUACAAUGGGAGGAAAAUUUGGAGAAAUUGCAUUGCGAACAAUUCAGACUCAGAUGUUACAUGGCGAGUUUACAAAGCGGGGAAUUACCAAAUCCCAAAUCUCUAUUGACGCACGUAUCUAGAGCAACAAAGAAUACGCUUAACAAACUCGGAGUGUUCACCGUUUCGUCAUUCCACGCCUUCAUUUGCGCCAGGAGUCCGUCUCUUCUCAACAACCUGCUAGCAGGAAGAGGCGCCACCAAGAGAAGACCUCCGAUGUUGAGCAGAUCUAACAGUGGAUCUAGUAGAAAAUCGUUACAAAUCAAUUCCCGAGAAGAAUCCGAGAAAAGUGUCAAAGUUUCAUUACCUGAUGCUUCAAUGGCGACCGUCUACGUACGCGAAUCAAUGUCGGUGGAAGAAUUUCUGGCUAGCGCUUGCGCGAGAAAAAAUUUAAACCCGACCGAACAUUUUAUACGCGUUAAAAAAAGAAAAGAGAUGGAGGACCACAAUUACUUCGUACCGCAUCGCAGCGAUUUAAUAGAAACAUACUUGCAAACUCAUGAAGUAGUCGAGGUCUGCGCCAAGAUACUAUACCAAGUGGAGCUAUCCAGAAACACCUUGGAACAAAUGUGGGGCUUCAGCGUCGAAGCCGAGCUGGUCGAAAACGCAGAUCGACAAGAUGAACUUUGUUGUUACGUAAGCAGAGUCGAAGACAAAAGCGUCGCCAUGCAAAACGGUAUCAUUAAAAGUGACGAGAUAAUGGUAAUUAACGGGGCCAUCGUUUCCGAUUUAGACAUGAUGUAUCUAGAAAGUGUCCUACAAGAAGAAUUAUCUUUAUGUAUGAUGAUGAGGUCGUCAAGAACCGAACCGCCAGAUCUCGCCGGCAUCCUUCGUGCUACGGAUGAUAUAAUCGACAGUUUAGUAUGUCCGCCGCCGCCUUCUGAACCGCCCGUUAUCAGCGAGGAAAUGAUUUCCGGACUCAUCGUACCAGCACCAGGUCGGAGUAAAGACAGAUACUUGACCGAUUCCGAGAACCCGUCUUCGUCUUUAACGGAAUCGGGGAUGAAAGUCACAUCGAGAACGAAUUCUUUCGAAAUUGAAAACUUAUUAAAGAGCGCCGAACAAGUCACGGGAUUCUGUCGAUCUCCCGUAGAAUCUAGGAAAACUAAUAGUCCCACGGGAAGCAUAGUCAGUAAUACGUCGCUGGCGGGUCUGACGCCUUCUAGACAACUUUCUGAUGCGGAAAAAAUGAGGAAAGUUAUUUUGGAGUUGGUGGAUACCGAAAAGGCUUACGUAAAGCAUCUCAAUAACCUUUUAGAAUACUAUUUGGAACCGUUGAAAAAGGAGACGUUCCUUUCUAACGCAGAAAUUAACGCCCUUUUUGGAAAUAUACAAGAAAUCGUCACGUUCCAAAGACAAUUUUUGAAUAAUCUGGAAGAAGCCGUCGCGCUGGAAAACGACUUUCAUCGAUUCGAACAGAGUAGCCAAUUCAAGAAUGUUUUAUUUUCGAUUGCCAGUUCUUUCCUAUACUACGUGAACCACUUCAAACUAUACAGUUCGUUCUGCGCGAGUCACAGCAAAGCGCAAAAAGUUCUACAUCCUAAUGAAGGUAAUCAAGCUCUUCAGGAAUUUUUGAUAGCCAGGAACCCGAAACAACAACAUUCUUCAACAUUAGAAUCGUACUUAAUCAAACCGAUUCAAAGGAUAUUAAAAUAUCCUUUGCUUUUACAACAACUCAGGAAUUUGACGGAUCCUGAUAGCGAUGAACAUCAACAUUUAUUAGAGGCUCUAACCGGAAUGGAAAAAGUAGCAGAGCACAUUAACGAAAUGCAAAGGAUCCAUGAGGAAUACGGCGCUAUAUUCGAUCACCUCUUUAGACAACAUCAAAAGUCGUGGAAACAAACCAUAGAUUUAGGUCCUGGGGAUCUUUUAUACUACGGGGGAGUGGAAUGGCUGAAUAUAUCCGAUUUUCUGGGGAAAAUUAAAAAAGGACUCGAACUACACGCGAUGUGUUUCGUUUUUAAAACCGCCGUCGUCUUCCUUUGUAAAGAACGAUUAAGACAAAAGAAAAGACUGAUGGGGGUGUCAACUAGGAAUUUAGCCCCCGAAGUAGAAAUAAUCAGAUAUCAAGUUCUAAUUCCGGUAGAAGAAGUUCAAGUACGAGCAUCUUCCGCCAGGGACAUGGAUUCCCAUUUCCUUUGGGAAUUAAUACAUUUGAGAAGUCAAUUACAAAGGAGGGCGGAAAAAGUUUACGUUUUAUCCAAUAGCACCGCCGAGUUUCGUAACGCGUUCCUAAGAACGAUACGACAAAUCAUCAGAGAAUCGGUUAGAAACAUGUCGAUACCACAAACUAAACCUGGCGGAGGUCCCGGCAUGAUAUUAGUCACGGGACAUAAAGGCAGCAGUCACGUAAAUAGUCAAACGUUGGAACGACCCGAUAGAGUACGAACAAUUAUAGUUCAAGGCUCGCAUACGUUGGGAAAAGUAAAAAAAGUUAAACAAUCGCAGCGACAUUCGGCCGGUAAUAUAGAUUACGAUAAUAUCGGUACGGAAACGGACGACACUUCGGGAGCCAACUUCAGAGGUAGAAGUAAAACAGUCGGGGAUCAAGCAGGAACUUCCAAACGACCCGAUCUUCUUCCGCAAGACAGAUUAGAAUCCGGAGCGAAAUCGGAAGGGGAAGAAGAUUCCCAAACGGGUACCGUCAAACCGAAAGCUUCUCUAGGAAAAACUCCGAAUCAUUUAACUCUAAGUACUACAUCGACGCUAUCUGCUGGUAGUACCGGUAGUCAGGCGCGUCUGAUACAAUCCUCACACGCACCAGAAAACUUCCAACCCAUGCAAACAGAAGAUUUAGGGUCGCCCGUAUGGAAGCCAAGAGACAGUAGUAUAGAGGCGACCUCUACCACUCUCCCGCGCAAGGCCAGAGAUCACAAUAUGACGACCCUAAGUGCUUCCCGUAAGUCUUUGAUAGAUACAAGCACUGGCUUGGAAAUACACAAUACUUACAAUCAGCAAUAAGGCCGAAAAAUUUUUAAAAAACCCCGUUUAUAUUUCGAAGAAAAUUUAUGGAUUUGAUGUAGCUUUAAAUAAAUAACCGCGUUUACUUUUUUUCCGUCAUCUCGCGUCACGUUUUCCUCACACAAAAAAUUAAUUCAAUGAAAAAAUAACAAGAGUAUAUUUUUUUAUCAAGUUAUGAGUUUGAAAUGACCAAAAAUUGGAGUUUGUUUAGAAAUAUCCUCAAAUAGACAACACCAUAUCUAUAAAUUUUUUUAAGCGGAGCAAAAGGGCUAGCGGUAAAUGCCCAUUUCCAAAAAAUAAACUGGUCUGUUUGUAGGAAACUGUGUUUCUUCAAAAAUCUAGUGCUAUGUAUAGCAUAAUUGAGUAUUAGGGUACUUAUACUAAAAUCACUUACUUUUAAUUAUCACAUAU